AUGAACGUCUUAGCUUGGAAUUGCCAAGGGGCGGCGUCCAGAACGUUUCGCCGCACCCUCAAACUUUUCUUACAAGAUUUUAAACCCAGCAUAUUGUGUCUAUUGGAACCAAAAGUUUUUGGUGACCAUGCUAACGAAAUUUGCUUUGAUCUCUCUUUUGAUCAUUGGAUAAGAGUUGAAGCUUAUGGCUUUUCAGGUGGAAUAUGGGUUUUUUGGAAAAAUGAGAUUCAAGUUAGGAUCUCUAGAACCCAUCCCCAAUUCGUCCUACUAGAAAUUAUGGAAGAUAACACAACACCGUGGAAUCUUUCCUUCGUAUAUGGUAGUCCUGACCAUGCCCUCAGAAGACACCUCUUUGAGGACUUGUCUCAGGAGGGCCUUAAUUUCCAUGGUCCUUGGUUAAUAGCAGGGGACUAUAAUUCAGUUCUCUCAGUAGAUGAAGUGUCCGGCAGUACUAAUUUUUCGUCUUCCAGAUGUGCAGGUUUUAGGAAUUGGAUCUUUGAGGAAGGACUAAUAAAUGUCGGAUUUGAGGGCCCUCAGUUCACAUGGUGUAGAGGACUAAGCUUAACAUCUUUUAAAGCAGCUAGGCUAGAUCGUGCUCUGUGCAAUUCGGAGUGGAGAAUGCGCUUCCUGGAUGCAAGUGUACUACAUUUGCCCAUGGUCGGAUCGGACCAUGCACCUCUCCUUAUAAGAACAAAGGAAAGUCAGAAGUGUGCUGGGCUGAGAAACUUCAAGUAUAAUGUAGCUUGGUCCACUCACCCCGAUUUCUCGAAAUUCAUUAAAGAAAAUUGGAAUGCUGAUUAUGAUCUGGAUCAUGCUAAGGAGGAACUAGCAAGGAAACUGCAAGAUUGGAAUCAUAGCUCUUUCGAGAACAUUUUCCAAAGGAAACGAAGGGUACUAGCCAGGAUUAAAGGGGUCCAAAGGGCAAUCGAAAUUCGUCCAAGGUCGGACCUAAUAAAAUUGAGCAAGAAGCUGCAAAAAGAGUUAGAAAAAAUUUUGAGCCAAGAAGAGCUCUACUGGUUCCAGAGCUCACGAGAGGAGUGGAUAGCAACGGGGGACAGGAACACGAGGUUCUAUCAUGCCUCGACAGCUGCCAAAAAAACCACAUUCUAA